UGAGGGAGCCAGUGGUUAGGAGGGGGAAAAAAAAUCCAGUCAGCGUUUUGUAGCACUUUCCGAUGAGUUCCUCUACAUCGUUAGAGACACUGGCAUAGCCGACAGAUCACUGUUUGCCAGCUUAAGGGAUGUUUUAGGGACAAAUUGUCUCCAAAGGGCAACUGGAGCGGGCAGUCUGAGCCCUUAUAAUGCGGGCAGACCAAGUCUCAGUAGUUAUGAACGCAGCGCAGACGGACCCUGAGAAACUGCUUUCAUGGAUUGACUGAUUGAUUGAUUGGCAUUUGAUUUUUUUUAUUUUUUCAAUAUCAGAGGAUUUUUUUCCCUCUGUGUCGUGAUUCCCUAGUCUAUUAUUCAAAAAAAUAAUUGUGGAUUAUUAUUGGGGAGUCGAGGAUUUUUUCGGAGGUGCGUCUUUAUUUUGAAGUUGAAUGAGGAUAUUGACUUUUUACAGUUAGCCUGCCUCUGGGUAAAGGAUCAGAAGAGUGGAAUUAACCUCUCACAAGGUGGAAAUAUUAGUCUUAUUGGACCCCAACUCAUCUUUCUCGCCGCUGAGUCCAAUAUGAAGUCUGUCACUGUGUGGAUGUGCGUUUACGUCUUUCUACUGCUCUUAGAUGAGGCAGCGAGUUCCUGGGACGGCCCCUCAGCUUUGUCUGUGUCCUUGGCCACCAGUGUUCCAGGAUCUCCAGGCACCGGCUCUGGGCCCGGAGCUCAGCCAGAAUGGGUGGACUGCAUCCAGGCGAGUGACAUGUGCAACCAGAACCCUUACUGCAGCUCUCGGUACCGGGUGAUGCGCCAGUGCCUUGUGGGCAAGGAGAAAGAAGCCAUGCUGGACAACAACAGGGAGUGCCAGGCUGCCUUGGAAGUGCUGCUGGUUAGUCCUCUGUAUGACUGCCGCUGCAAAAGGGGCAUGAAGAAGGAGCUGCAGUGUCUGCAAAACUACUGGACCAUCCACAUGGGACUCACUGAAGGUGGAGACAUGGAUGACUCAUCUCCGUAUGAACCUGUAGCACCAAACCGACACCCUGAUGCGUUCCGCUUGGCCUCCAUCUCCUCAGGGAUGCUCACAGUAGCACCAAAGGGUUUCCACUGUCCUGAUGCCGAGAGAAACUGCAACCCCUGUCUUGAUGCGGCCAAAGCCUGCAACCUCAACAACAGCUGCAAGAGGCAACGCUCCAGUUACAUCGCUACCUGCAGCAAGGAGGACCCCAACAAGGGUGAAACGUGCAGCAAGAAGCGCUGCCACAAAGCGCUGAGGAUGUUCCUGGACCGUGUGCCCACUGAGUACAGCCACCGUCUGCUCUUCUGCCCCUGCCAGACUGAGGGCUGCGCUGAACGACGCAGGCAGACGAUCGUGCCUGAUUGCUCCUAUAAAGAUAAGGAGAAACCCAACUGUCUGGAGCUACGGAGGGUCUGCCGCCAGGACUCUCUUUGCAGGUCUCGGCUGGCUGAUUACCUGGUAAACUGCUGGAUGACUCCGCACGCAGUGAGCACCUGUCCCAACCAAGACAAUCACCAAGCCUGCUUGGCCUCCUACGCAAGGCUCAUCGGGACCGAAAUGACUCCCAACUAUGUCGAUAGCAGCUUCUCCAACUGGACCAUAUCCCCGUGGUGCACCUGUAAGGGCAGUGGAAACCAAGAAGAGGAAUGUAUGAACUUCCUGCGGUACUUCACCGACAACACAUGCCUAAGAAAUGCCAUUCAGGCCUUCGGUUAUGGGAUAGACAACAUGCAGAACAAAAGUGUUUCUGUCCCAGGCACCUCUGCGAUGACGAAGACGGGGUGGGAUUGGACAACGGGCACCUCGGAACCUCCAUUUGUCGCCAUCCCAAAGUAUCCUGAACCAAGAGACGGUGGCCUGGGCAAAACCCAGGGCCUGCCAGAGGAUCACUCUACCUGCCUGUGUGCCAACAUCUGGGCUCUGCUUCCCGGCCUGGCUUUGGCUCUUGUCCUGGCCCAGCAUGCCUUAUAGAAGUGCCAGGAGGAGAAAAAAGAGGUCAUCCACCCACAAGCUGAUCCCAAAAGCAGAAGGUGUUAUUUCUGAGACUGAUAUUAAGAAGGCUGAAUCUCUGGGCAGUUGACAUAAAUGGCAUUUAUGAAAGAGGAAAAACAAAAGGAGGUGGAAAAUGUUGAAAUUUUACAAACUGUGAAUUUGUUGUUCAUUUGAUGUAUUGUUUGGGUGGACCACAACUGUGAUGGAGUACAUGGCUUUAAAAAGGACCCUUGAUAGGAGAGGCCAUGAAGGCCAUUUUGUGGGAACGGCUCUCCCUCUGACUGAGACACCAAAACCCGGAGGACUGAAGCUGAUCAUGUCAAAGACUCCUGUACUUUUCUCACCAAAGGAGGGAGAGAGGGAAUGAGCAACAUAAUUAAAAGAAGGCAGGAUUGACAGAAAAGAAAUUGUUGCAGCAAGAAAAGGAAUGAGCAUGAGGUAAAUGGGGUAGAGUGAGAGCGAAAAGAGAAAAGAGAGACAUAUUUCUGCUAUCAGUCACUCUUUUUUUUUGUCUUGAAUUGGCUCUCGACUUAAUCUUCUCUUGGAUGAACAGACCACAAAUUUAGGGGCGGGGAUGGGGGAUGAUUACAUUCUGUCUCUUCAACACUAGUGUAAACUCUAAACUGUAAAGCCUACUCAGUGUUCUAAGUGUUGGUAUAGUAUCCGUGACCAUAAUCAAUCUACCGUACAGCUCUUUCAUUUGGGUGCUACAGUAUACUUUUUCAGCAGGCGGCGAAAAAGAACUAAAGACGGCGACAUUAACAGUAAAUGGUUCUCCGGUCAUUUGAGAUGUUGUUGUUGAUGACUGUGGGUGUUCGUCAUACGUCCACCUGCACAUGUGUAUAUUUCUGUCUCUAUGUAUAUAAACGAUUUUCUUUCAUUCAGCCUAAUGAUAUCUACAGUACCUUGAGUGGACAUUACUGUAUGCUAAGAUGGCUCUGUAUUGAGUAUUGAUACUAAUGGAAGGCCUUCAUUAUCUGCGUUUAUAUUUGUCUAUAAAGGUUUGAUCACAAAGAAUGUAUACAGGGAUGAGAUUAAACGAGCUCACACUGCUUGGAAAGCCAUAACCUGUGUCUGAGUAUCAUGCUGUGUUCACCGAGUGUGUAUGGGCAAUUAUUACAAUGUGUGAGUGUGUUCAUGUUUACAUGCAGAAGUAAAUAAGCCAAUGAGGAGCAGGUUAAAUUGCUAUUGUGGGGCUUCAUAUUCUCCCUCGGAGAGCAGAGCAGA